GUCCGACCGUCAGGGCCAGUGUCUGGUCGCCCCCCAAGCCCUGCCGGCCCCACCUACAAACAGAGGGUUGAGGAGUUCAAGAAGCUGUUCAGAGAACUGCCUGAGUCAGAGAGACUCAUCGUGGGUGAGUUACGUGUGUGUGAGAGAGUGAGAAAUGGAGAAAGAGGGAGAGAGAUGGGAGAGAGGCCCCAUCCAGAAACGGACCCUAUAUUAUCAUAAUCUCUCAAAAACAAAACAUAUCGGCACCUCUCUCACCUGCAACUUCCCUCAGCAGACUUCCUUUAUACAGUUUACCUGCAUAUACCAGCACACCUGUACUAUACUUACUUGUGUCAAGGUGCGUCCCGUGUCUUUUCCCAGACUAUACCUGUGCCCUCCAGAGAGACAUCCUACUGCAGGGACGCAUCUACCUUUCGGAGAACUGGCUCUGUUUCUAUAGCAACGUGUUUUGGGGGACAAAGGUGAGCUCACACAUGGGGGAGAGAGGUAAAUGGGGAGAGACGGAAAAUAUAAAUAAAAUAUAGGAGUUUUCUGUUUAGGGGAUUAAUUAAUCAGAUCAUGAUAUGCUGUAAAUAUGUGUAUGUAUUGCAUUAUUCUGGUCGUGUUAAAUGUGUUCAAUGUUCUCUGUGGUUGUAGACGGUCAUAUACUUUAUUUAGAGAGUUGGGCCAAUGCGGUUUCUCUCUGAACAUUCCGAGAGCGCCACUUUCUCCUCAAUAGCCGUUGCUAAGUGAUAAUUAACGCUUCCGCAUUGUGCUGUUUAUUGCUGAUAGUUUUCAAUACUUAUGAAGAUGUCCAGUGAAAGCAGAUAUGCAAUUUGUUGACUUGGAUACACAUUAUCCCGAAUCCUAAUCAAUAAAAAUGUCUGUUAAAUACGCUGCUCUGUUUUGCUUGUUAACAGCGGGUCAUUUCAUAGGGAACUUUUCGGAGGACCUCUUCUAUUGUUCCAUCACCAACAUGUAGAGAAUAAAGGCGCUAACAUGGCAGAACUCUCUUAAUAUAUGGCUCUGGUCGUAGCCUUGAAUCUGGAAGUCAUCACUGUGCUCUGUGAUCGUAGAUAGCCUUGAAUCUGGAAGUCAUCACUGUGCUCUGUGGUCGUAGAUAGACUUGAAUCUGGAAGUCAUCACUGUGCUCUGUGGUCAUAUAUAUUCUUGACUCUGGAAGUCAUCACUGCUAUAUUGUUGUAUAUAGCCUUGAAUCUGGAAGUCAUCACUGUGCUCUGUGGUCGUAGAUAGCCUUGACUCUGAGGGACAUCAAGGCCAUGUACAGAGAGAAGACAGCACGGCUGAUCCCCAAUGCCAUUCAGAUCUGCACAGACUCAGAGAAGGUACAGAACAGUCACUCAAACACCACCUGGGUUCUGUUCAAUAUCCCUGGACAGUUGCACUAACGCCCUGGACCAGAGCUAAGAGACCCUGUCCUUUUCAUGGUUUAACCCCUCAAGCAAAAUGUUUUGCUCAAGAGUAGGCCUACAGCUGCAGCACUGACAAAAUAACAUGUUCCUCAUCCCUUCUGUCUAUCCUAAAUGCAAACCAAUGGAUGGUUACCACUGCAAUAAUAUUAACUAAAGCGUCUGUCACUCUCUUCCCUACAGUUGUUCUUCACUUCCUUCUCAGCCAGAGAGAAGAGUUACCAGGGAGUGUUCCGGAUGUGGCAGAACACUCUGAUGGACAAGGUGAGGCACAGUUCAGCGACUUCAUAACCUUACCUCACUCACUGGGGCUGACUUCAUAACCUCACCUCACUCACUGGGGCUGACUUCAUAACCUCAACUCACUCACUGGGGCUGACUUCAUAACCUCACUUCACUCACUGGGGCUGACUUCAUAACCUCACCUCACUCACUGGGGCUGACUUCAUAACCUCACCUCACUCACUGGGGCUGACUUCAUAACCUCACCUCACUCAAUGGGGCUGACUUCAUAACCUCACCUCACUCACUGGGGCUGACUUCAUAACCCCACCUCACUCACUGGGGCUGACUUCAUAACCUCACCUCACUCACUGGGGCUGACUUCAUAACCUCACCUCACUCACUGGGGCUGACUUCAUAACCUCACCUCACUCCACUGGGGCUGACUUCAUAACCUCACCUCACUCACUGGGGCUGACUUCAUAACCUCACCUCACUCACUGGGGCUGACUUCAUAACCUCACCUCACUCACUGGGGCUGACUUCAUAACCUCACCUCACUCACUGGGGCUGACUUCAUAACCUCACCUCACUCACUGGGGCUGACUUCAUAACCUCACCUCACUCACUGGGGCUGACUUCAUAACCUCACCUCACUCACUGGGGCUGACUUCAUAACCUCACCUCACUCACUGGGGCUGACUUCAUAACCUCACCUCACUCACUGGGGCUGACUUCAUAACCUCACCUCACUCACUGGGGCUGACUUCAUAACCUCACCUCACUCACUGGGGCUGACUUCAUAACCUCACCUCACUCACUGGGGCUGACUUCAUAACCUCACCUCACUCACUGGGGCUGACUUCAUAACCUCACCUCACUCACUGGGGCUGACUUCAUAACCUCACCUCACUCACUGGGGCUGACUUCAUAACCUCACCUCACUCACUGGGGCUGACUUCAUAACCUCACCUCACUCACUGGGGCUGACUUCAUAACCUCACCUCACUCACUGGGGCUGACUUCAUAACCUCACCUCACUCACUGGGGCUGACUUCAUAACCUCACCUCACUCACUGGGGCUGACUUCAUAACCUCACCUCACUCACUGGGGCUGACUUCAUAACCUCACCUCACUCACUGGGGCUGACUUCAUAACCUCACCUCACUCACUGGGGCUGACUUCAUAACCUCACCUCACUCACUGGGGCUGACUUCAUAACCUCACCUCACUCACUGGGGCUGACUUCAUAACCUCACCUCACUCACUGGGGCUGACUUCAUAACCUCACCUCACUCACUGGGGCUGACUUCAUAACCUCACCUCACUCACUGGGACUGACUUCAUAACCUCACCUCACUCACUGGGACUGCAUCCCGAAUGGCACCCUAUUGCCUAUAAAGUGCACAACUUUUUUAUUUGGUUAUGUUUUAUUGAACCUUUAUUUCAGUUAAGAACAAAUUCUUAUUUACAAUGAUGGCCUACCAAAAGGCAAAAGGCCUCCUGCGGGGACGGGGACUGGGAUUAAACAAUGGCAUUUCUAUGACAAGGAUAUUUAUAUGAACAGUAGGAGUUAUGCUAAGCACAGAUCUAGGAUAAUCUUCCCCUCACGCAAUCCUACCCUUGCUAAUAAGGAAAUCAUAGGACGAUAAUAUGGUAAUAAGCAAAACUGGGGAGAUUGGGAGGUUCUCAAUUGGUUUGCUCAACUCUUCCGUCCUCCCCUCCUUUUGAAAAAGGUCAAAGGUAUAUAAGGAGAGGAACUGUGGAAACAGAUGCACUUGUAUGAAAUGACUAUCCUUCACUUGUGCAUCAUCAUACAAAGGAUGUUUACAGGGGUAGAGUACCUAAUGAAAUGUGUAAGGUAGUAAAAAGACGUAGCUAGUUGUGACAUUUUCUAGAUAAAAGGAUAAGUAGCAUAUUGUUUUUAAAUAUGUGUAUGCUUUUCUCCUCCGAGUAAACAACUGAUUCAAAGGGGUUGUGGCGGAUCUCAAAACUCGUCCGAGAAGGACUCUGGUAGAAUACUCCUGUGCUUCCUCGGCGGGAGGAGGCUAUCAAGGAGGCGAGGACACUCCUCCAUUCGCCUACUAACUAAUUGACACUCUCCUCGACCACUUAUCGGUUUCCGGGUCACGGAGGAGAGAGGACGGUAUUUUGCCCACAUUAGAAUAUCUCAUCGAAUGGCUCUGGGAGAAUCUCUAUUGUAUACUCCUCGCCUCCUUCUCAAAACCCAUUGGAUGGAAAAGCCAGAGGUCCCAUACCCACUAACCUUCUCCUCCAAUGGGUGUUGAGGAGACGUGUAGAGAGGACCCAAUUGAGAUUCUCCCAUUGAUCAAGUUACAUGGACACCAACUACUAGAUAACCCCUCACCAUGGAUACUACCUGGUUAUCAUAGCUCUAGUCUGUCAUUUCAUGCAACCUAUCCGGAUUCCUAUGUAGUUUGCAAGGCUUCUGUGACUUUACCCUGGCUGACUGCAAGGCUUCAUUAGACUUUACCCUGGCUGACUGCUCUAAUCAGUCCUGAGUAAACACCAUGCUCCUUUGACUGGCCCCAUGUCCCUAAACGAGGUUACCAUGUCAUUCAGUUCUUAUGCUGUAUACAAGGGGAAGUGGCAGGCUGAAUAUUCAUAAUGUUUUCUUUUUUUUUGGGGGGGGGGGGGGGGGGGGGGUGGAUCAGCUUAAUAUUGCAGAUAGAUUGUAUCUUCUAUCAAUGUAAUUGUCUGCAUCACUUCCAAUCCCCCAUGUUUUUUUAUAUAUAUACUCCCCUUUAUUACUUUUCAACCCCGCCAUCCUUUCCCUACUUGGAGUAAAUUAGUGAACAACAAUGCCCAGGCCUCUACUUCCGGUCUAUACUUACUAUCUACACCUUACAUUUACAUUUUAGUCAUUUAGCAGACGCUCUUAUCCAGAGCGACUUACAGUUAGUGAAUACAUAUUAUUAUUUUUUAUACUGCCCCCCCCGUGGGAAUCAAACCCACAACCCUGGCGUUGCAAACGCCAUGCUCUAUCAACUGAGCUACAUCCCUGCCGGCCAUUCCCUCCCCUACCCUGGACGACGCUGGGCCAAUUGUGCGCCGCCCAUGAGUCUCCCGGUCGCGGCCGGCUGCGACAGAGCCUGCAUUCGAACCAGGAUCUCUAGUGGCACAGUUAGCACUGCGAUGCAGUGCCUUAGACCACUGCGCCACUCAGGAGUAGACCUUAUGGACAGAGUACAUUUUACAAUAAUUCUAUUAUAUAUAUAUAUAUAUAUAUAUAUAUAUAUAUAUAUAUAUAUAUAUAUAUAUAUAUAUAUAUAUAUAUAUAUAUAUAUAUAUAUAUAUAUAUAUAUAUAUAUAUAUAUAUAUAUAUAUAUAUAUAUAUAUAUAUAUAUAUAUAUAUAAUGUUUUCUUUCUUAUAAUGUACUGGCUCUUUUGAUAGCAAAGUUGAGAUAAAAACAUACAAGGACCUAGAAUGAAUGCAACUUAUUGUGGCAACUAGUGCAAUAUGGAAGACUGGACCAAGGGAAUUAAGCUGUCAAAACAACCCCACAAUAACACUGGUGUGGCUCGGGAGUAAGCGAGUGAAGGUAAAGUUCAAUGACCCCUCAAGGUGUGGCUAGGUGGGUUAAUUUGCAUAAGACACAGACGCUGCCCCCGAGAAAGCGCUGUCGUUUCAUUAUCUCGCCAUUCUUCAGGGGAACAGAUCUGAUUUCCGUUGCCGCUGAACGUUCACGAGCUUGGCAUCUAAUAUAGCUUUUAUCGAAGCUACCUAUCUUUCUAUCAAUGGGCAGAGCGCUCUUGUUCCUAUUGUAGGGCUAAGCGCCUAACUUCCUGAUUGCUUUGUGACGGUGCACAGGUUAUAGUUCAGUCCAGCUACCAGACAGGUAUACAUAACAACUGUUGGGAAAGAUCGAAAUAGCUACAAAGUAAGUAAAAUAACUUUAAAAUUGCCUUUUGUGAUGAUAUAAAUUAUGAUUAGCUGUGCGCAGUUUGGAUUAGGCAAAAGAAACCGUGGUUCCAUAUGGCCGCUUUCUUGACUAGAUUCUGUUGCAUGGGAAAUAUAUAUAUAUAUAUUUUUGACUCAUAAGUGGUCAACUAUUGAACAAUCUCGCAAAAGAUUUUUUAAGUAAUCUACAUUUCCUUAUUACGCAUCACGGUGUCCAUAAACAUGCUAUUUUGUAGGUAUUUAUCAAUAGCUACAGGGUACAAUUUUCACUAUGAGCAAGGUAGCAGCCAUCUUUUUGUCAGUUCUUUAUAAAAUUGUUAUUUUUUAAAUUGGCUGGUCAUAAUUUAAUUCCAAUCAAAGGUUGUAGUCUACAAUGCGUGUGUUGUUUUUUUUUUUCAAUCUCUUGUGACAUCAGUGUGGUUGAGUAAGGAGCAGGUUAGGGCUGUUCUGUUGAAUUUAAACUAGGACACUGGAGGUAGUGUGAGAUUCAUACACCGGUGGAAGAUGGUUAUCUUGUUACAGGAAGCCAGACAGAGGAAUUCAUCCUUAUAACUUUUAUUUUGAUUGAACUUUCGCACGUUAUAGCCUACAAGUAGCUGAUUGGGGGUGACACUACCAGGAAAGCAGUUGCUUUUCCGUGAUAACAGAACUCUAUUCAAGUGCCACUGUUUGCCGUGUACCAUCUUCCGCUCUCUCUCCUAGCCACUGACUAGUUUGGCGCUGUGGCAGAUGGUCAAGCAGCACUAUGGUAAUGACCUGGGCCUGAGUCAUGAAGAGAUGGAAAGUCUACAGACAUCAGCCGAAUCAACCACGCAGACACACACCAGGUGAGAAGGACCACACACACCUGGAUCUCUCUCUCUCUGUCUCUGUCUGUCUGCACAAUGAACAACAUACACUCACCUACAUCUCUGUCUGACACAUUUCUUCAACCUGUUUACCCACCUGGUCUGUGGCAGCCUGACCAUGAUGCCUGGUGGAGAGGACUCUGGGAGGCUGGAGAGGCCAUCUACUCUGCGCCUCCAGCCAGGGGAUCGGGGCUCCUUUGAGCUCACCACGCCCCAGGGAGAGGACCUACCCUCACCCCUCAGACAGAGCUCUGUCAACUCAGGGAACACAGUACGACACCUCUUUGAAGUCACAUAGAUCACGUCAUUACACUCUUUUUGUUUAUAAAGCCCUGCUCCACAAACUUCCGACUUAUCUUACAUCACUGUUAACAUUUAAAAUGACAAGUCAUCAAACCCGUUCACAGGGUUGGUUAACUCUGUAGACUCCUUUGGUGUCUAGAGAAUUAGGUAAAUCAGCCUUUAAUUUCCUUGCACCUUACGUGUGGAAUGAUCUACAAUACAGUUUAAAAUGGGAGGAAUUGGUGCCUCUAGGGCAUUUCAGACAGUUGUUAGGGGACCUUUUUACUGAAGAAUGUGUCUGUUUUUAUGAUUGUUUUGCUUUUUGUGUAUUUUAUUGUGUAUAUGAAUGUGUAGUUGCAUGUGUUUAUUGUAUAUUGAUAGGUAUUGUGGUGCUAUACAGGCCUCAUCUGGAAAAGAGACCUCUGUCUCAGCAUUGACUCCCUGUCAAAAUAAAGGUUCAAGAAAAAUUCUCACACAAGGCUUGGAUGAUAUCAAGUGAUCGCCUUAGAGUCAUAUUGUCUCCACAUAUUCUCUUCAUUGUCUAAUGAGUAUUGCAAGUGAAUGACCAGUACAUUGAUGGCAUUUAUAGCAAGGCUUCCAUAGCCAGGGAAGAGUGACAUUGCCAUUGUGUGUGUCCUACAGGAUGAUGCUUGCAGCACCUCGUCUCGGCACACUCCUGACCCGUCCCUGGACCGCUCUGCCCCGGAGCGGGUCUCCAAGCGCUCUGAGCUCUCUCUGGACCUCAACUCUAAGUUGGACCGCUUCUCUGAACAGAGCGGCUCGGAGAGUGCAGAGGAAGGUGAGAAUUACCACCCACUGUGUGUGUGGGUGUUCAUUGGUUCUACCCAAAAGGCAUGUGCGUGGUAGUACUAUUGACCCUCAAAUGUGUUUGUUAAAUGCAUGCUACUUUAGUGUUUGUUUGUUUUGAUGCUAGUGACGCCAUCUUAAAUGUGUUUGUAGAGGCAUUCCUCUGAUAUUCUGCUACCCCCCCUGUAGAGGAGAGGAGGUGUGUGUCCCAGCAGCAUGGCAGGCUCUAUGUGAACAGGGUCUUCAACAUCAGUGCAGAAAAUAUGUUUGAGCUGCUCUUUACCGAAUCCCACUUCAUACGAAGAUUCAUGAACGCCAGGAAGAUCACCAGUGAGUCAUCUCCCCAUCCACCCUGUUAUAAGCCACAGUCCUCCUCUGAUUUAAGACGGACUAGUCCUUCAAGCUAUUUUUUUAAAUGCGACUGUCCAAGCGUUGUUCUAAUGUCUUUGUGCGUGUGUGAAAUAUUUGAGGCCUUCCCAUCUCGUUGCUUAACUGUGGUACCAAAUGAAGUAGUAGAAAUGUGUUUUGUGUUCACCUACGUGUGAUUGUCGUCAGAUGCCAUCCUCGCCCCGUGGCAGAGUGACGCGUCAGGCUCCAUGAAGAGGAGUCUCAACUACACCAUCACCAUCACAAACCCUCUGGUGGGCAAGUUCUCCACCGCCACAGAGAACCAGGUGAGCCUAGGUCUGCACGGCGUGUGGAGUGUUUUUAGUAGUGCAGGUGUGUGGAAAGUGUUUUGAGGUAGUGUUUUCUCCAGAGUGUGUGUAACUCCUCUGUUGUCCUGUCAGAUCCUGUACAAGGAGUCCAGGGAAGGUCAGUAUUACCUCGUCGACUCUGAGGUCUACACACACGACGUUCCGUACCAUGACUACUUCUACACUCAGAACCGCUACUGUAUCAUCCGCCAUUCCAAACGCAAAUGUCGACUCAGGUGAGCAGCAGAGACAACACAGCCUUUCGACAUAAUUAUCUGCUCGGUUUACUUUAGGGUAAAGACUUUCAGGGUAUUGGGGUUGAGCUUCUCGUUGCGCUCAUGGUCUCUUUGUUCAGUCCAAAUGUGCCUUUACAUGUUUUUUGUGUGUCAAAGACCAAUCAAUAUCCCCUAGGAAAGGUAAAUUCACUUCCAACUAUUGUGGGCCAAUGUAUUGUUGAUUCCCUUCUCCCUGAUAGCUAUUGGUCAGUCUGAAGCCGAAGAUCAGCAGUGCUGUCUGUGUACAGCCCUCCAGGACAUAUCUUCCAGCUUUAUUGGAGUUAUUCCUCUAGGGGCAUAAAGCCUCCUAUUCUCAUAUCCUAGGUCUGUGACUUCAUAGCACCUAUUUGCUGUGCCCAGUGGUUGACUGACUUCUUUUAAUAAAUACUAAAUGUUUGGUACUUCAGAGUUUGGUUACUAAUUACCCAUUACAUAAUUUGAAUAUAGAUCAUUUGAUUACUAUUCAAUUACAACUGAAGAGUUGAUGUGUUCAGGGUGUACACUGAUGUGAAGUAUAAGAAGCAGCCGUGGGGGCUGGUCAAGUCCUUCAUCACCAAGAACUCUUGGAGUGGCCUGGAGGACUACUUCAGACACCUGGGUAGGCAGUAGGCUGCUGCAGCCCUGGAGAUCUAUUUAUCUCUCUCUCUCUCCACUCCCAUCUUUCAGAAUAUCAGUCUGUCUUGUCCCCUCUUUCUCUGUAGUUGUUCAAGUCUCUCCUUGUUUGAGUGUACCUUCCUCUGAGAGCCCGUCUUCCUGCCUCUUCACUUCUCUAUCUCCAAUGAGUCUCUCUGCAUGUGAGUGUUGGGUUAGCCAUAAUAGGCACCUGCUCUCUAUGUAUGUUGCUGCUUCACUGGUUUGUGUCCAGCUCCCUCUCUCCUAUAGUGUAUAACGACCAGUCUCCCUCCCCUUCCUCUCACCAUCCCCCUAUCCUCUGCUCUUCUCUUAGUCACCCUCUCCAGUCUCGUCAGAUUACAUUAGAUCUGAAUCAAAGCCCUGCACUCACACUGACAGUCCAACUCUCCUCAUGAGAUGUCGAUUAGAACCCCCCGUCCCCACAGACUGCACGGCAGUCCUCUCUACAUAACCCCUACCACUUCUAGUCAUCUAUUGACCCUGUCUUCCAAGCCAUUUGACCCGACUUUUCCUUUGACCCUAUGUCAUCACAGAAUCGGAGCUGAUGGAAGAGGAGGUGGAGCUGAACCAGGGAGGCGGAGACCCCGGUAAGAUGAUGGGCGGGUUGCGUCAUUGGCGGAGGAGGACGUUCAGUCGGACACUACAUGAUCACCUGAAGCCCAGCAAGCAGUACGAGCCCGACCUAGACACUCACAGAGAGGGCAACACGGGUACAUACAUGUUCUGUUAUUUAACCCUUAACAACCAUCUUCUGACACACAGAUAACAUUACACGUACUAUAUGAGUGCAUGGCACAAACACUCAAUCAGUCAAAUGACCUACAAUAUACACAGUCAUCUGUCUUCCAUUCAAGCUGUGUCUCCUGUAAUGACUGUACCCCUCUCUCCCCGGUUGUAUGUCAGAUCCCAUAGAAAUGAAUGGUCCACAUCGGUGGAACAUCUCUACCAUCGUAGCUGGGAUGAGCGUCAUGUAAGUCAACACCACCAGUCAACACUCAAAGGGUGUAGCUGUAAAUCAUGCACUUUUUCUAUUGUCUGUCUGUGUUUGAGUACUUUCUUCUAUGAGUACAUUCUGCUUCAUGAGCUCAAACAGUACUUAGGUGCAGUAUAUUAGCCAGUUGUUUGUUGAACUUUGUCAGGUAAUCAGAAACCUCAUUGCCUCUCUCUGUCUGUCUGUCUGUCUGUCUGUCUGUGUCUGUGUCUCUGUGUGUGUGUGUGUUCCCAGUCUGCUGAUCCUAACAGUGCUGAACCUGGGGUUGUUCUUUAAGCUGUGGGCCAUGGAGGACGUGGCCACCCGCAUGUAUCUGAGCACCAAGCAACGCCUCCGGGAGAGGACCGAGCGCAGGUAAGCUGCUGCACACUGGGCGAAGGCCUGCACUUACUUUUCACAUUACAUUUGAGUCAUUUAGCAGACACUCUUAUCCAGAGCGACUUAGUGUAUUCAUCUUAAGAUAGCUACGUGAGACAACCACAUAUCACAGUCGUAGUAAGUAAAUGUUUCCUCAAUAAAGAAGUUAUCAGACAGGUUAGUGCUAGUAGAAAAAGUCAAAUGCUAGACAAUCUAUAACCUAACCUUAACCAAACACCUAACCCUAACAAUUUUAACCAAUUAAAAAACAAAUACAGUAUAUCGGUUUGCACGUCAGCCACGUCCCCUUAGCAUUCAUCCAAGUCAGGAAAAACGUUGUUUCACCAUUUCCUGGAGUAAUCACUGAUCUGACAGGAUUGGGUUGUUGUGGAAUUCUCUCUCUCUCUCUCUCUCUCUCUCUCUCGUCAUGCUGACUAUGUCCGUCUCCUCAGUUUUGCCCCUGACUUCUUCCCUGGACCGGCCCCGCAAUACAGGACCAGAGAGGAGACUUUGCUGCUGAAAGCAGUACUGCAGGACUCCAUCAACCUACUGGAGCAGGUCAGUCAGACGACCAGCUAUGUUUGUGUUACAGGUAAUUUACAGACAAUGACAAUUUCUUUCCUCUCCUCUUUUCCCCACAGCUCCGCAGAUCUCUGUCGCUGCUUCAGCAGAAAUUUGUAACCAACAGAACAGCAAUCCUGCAGUGACGCUGUCACACCUGGGGAUCUCACUGCGCCCUCUGAUCCCUGGGGUUGUAAAGGCUACAGGGACGCGCCUCUGAGGACUCUCUCGUAACCAGGGGCAUUGCCAUAGGGACGACCCACGCACAGACUUGUUACUAAGCGCAACAACGGUAUUAAAGUCCCAGGGCCUUUAAUAGUGUGGUACCAGGUAGAUGGAUGUUUUUAUAGCUCAACUGUUGGCACUGCGGAGGAAGAAAAUGGUUCACUGCGUACCCCUUCCAUUGCCAAGCCAAUCACAGCAGAUGUGAGCCAAUGGUGUGAUGAGUGCAGCAGAUGAGCGCCAAUGUUUUGAUAUAAAUAAAUGUCAAUGUAAGGAAUCCAUGAAAUAUUUUAACUUUUUGCACAGUGCUUUGUGUACUUUUUAUGGUUUCUAGAUUAAUUUUGAAUAUAUUUUUUUCAAUUCGAAAGCUUUCUGAAUGUAAUUUAAUAAUAUAUUUGGAUGGCCAUGGGUUUCUGCUCUUGUGAAAAUGUGAAUAAUUAUGCAGUAAAAAAAAAAGCUUUUAUUUUAGCCUUGGAUGGUUUGGUUUUGCAGCUGGUUUGUAGAUGUACAGCAGACCUCAAUAUCAGGGUUGUGUUCAGAAGGGUGCAAUGUUCUGAACGCUGCAGAUAUAAAUGCCUUUUAUAAAGCUGUCAUGAAACCUUAUUCUACAUGA